AUGUCCGCCAAGAGAAAACGAAAGGAGCACGUCUCCAAAGAUGAGGCUCACCUAACCAAAUCUUCAACGGACGGGUUAGGAGAAAACUCUGGGACGCUGCCAACUGAUGUCAUGGUCGAAAUACUCUCCAGACUGCCAGCUGCCAAAUCCGUUGCAAGGGCUCGUUGCGUGUCAAAGAACUGGAAUGCUCUUCUCCGCAACCCAUAUUUCACCAACAAGUUCCUGACGAGGUCUUCUGCUCGGCCACGUCUCCUUUUCACUUUUCAAGCUGAGGGUAAGUGGUCUUUCUUCUCUUCACCUGAGUACGUGAUUUCAGACAACAAUUCAAAUCUUGUAGUUGUCGAGAGUCUUAUGGGUGUCCCUAAAGAUUACACCUCUCGAGUUUGUGUCCCUGUUUGUGGAUUGCUGUGUACAAAAGAUGAAUGGGUUGUAGGUGGUAGGAAGGAUGCAAGGAUGAUGAUAUGUAACCCUAGCACAGGACAGGUUAAAUCCUUACCCAAAGUGAGAUCGAGGAGGGGUCAGGUUAUAACCUAUCUUGGGUAUGAUCCAAUCGGAAUACAAUAUAAGGUUUUGUGCAUGACAAUUUGUGAACGGCCAUUUUUGUCUAAAGCGGAAGAGUAUCAAGUUCUCACACUAGGAAUGGGCAAACUGAAAUGGAGAAUGAUUGAAUGUUCUGUAGAGCAUUACCCUUAUCCUAGGGAGAUUUGCAUCGAAGGGAUAUUAUAUUACAUAGCUACUGAUCGUGAGUCUAGAAAAGAUAUGAUAGUUUGCUUUAAUGUUAAGCAGGAGACGUUCAGCUUUAUUAAGAACAAAGUGUUUAGGUUUCCGACAACUUUAAUAAACUUCAAGGGGAAAUUAGGAGGAAUUUGUAGUAGUCCAAGAUUAUUUAUGGAUGGAAGAGUUCAAAGCUUUGAGUUCUGGGUUAUAGAUGACACUGAAGAACAUACAUGGUCAAGUCAUAUACACAUAUUGCCGCCUAUGUGGAAGGAGCUAGUUGCGGAGACUAAAGUUUACAUUGUUGGGAUGGUUAAUGGAACAAGUGAAGUUGUGUUUUCUCCAUUUCUCUUGUCCAAUCCGUUCUACAUUUUUCACUUGGAUAUGGAGAGGAACUUUAUUAAAAGAGUUGAAGUUCAAGGCCUUGGACCUCAUAAAGGUCAAAGCAUUUACACCUUCUUAAACCAUGUCGAAAAUGUGAAUCUUAUUAUGUAA